AUGACAAACCAAACCCCCGUUGCCCUCGUUAUGGGCGCAUCCCGUGGAAUAGGCCGCCAGGUAGCCAUUGACCUAUCUAAAAACGGCUAUGCAGUGAUGCUGGCGGCCAAAACAACAUCAGACGCCACCAAGACUACACCAUUUCCACCAGAUCCCAACUCUUCGCAGUCUACAAUCAAUACGGUAGAGCGAGAGAUCAUGGAAGCAGGAGGGCGCGCUGCAGCCAUCGCAGUGGAUGUUCGGGACGCGGCGCAAAUCCAACAUGCGGUGGAUGAGACCGUCCGGAUCUUUGGAAAGUUGGAUGUCUUGGUGUAUAAUUCUGGGGCUAUUUGGUGGUCUUCCGUCGAGAAUACACCACUUAAACGAUUCCGGCUGAUGCAGCAGAUUAACCCGGAAGGCUUGUAUGCCACUGUGCACGCUACUUUGCCACAUUUCGAAAAGAAUGGCUGGAAAGGUCGGAUUGUGGUGGUUUCGCCUCCGAUCUAUUCGAGGUUCUUCCGUGGAAAAACAGCUUAUGCUAUGGGCAAAGUUGGAAUGAGUGUUUUGGUCAAAGGCCUGGCUAUGGACUUUGUACGACAAGGUCGGACAGAGAUGGCUAUCACGAGUAUUUGGCCAGCAUCGUCCAUUGAAUCAGCUGCCACUGAACAUAAUAAAGCGUCUGAUAAAUCACACAAGAAAGAUCUUAGAAAACCGGCCAUUUUCUCCGAUGCGAUUUUGGAGAUGCUCCGGGCUCCAGUCACCACCGUGAACGGGGUCUUGGAUACCGACGAGGAUUUCCUUCGCAAGUGCGGAGUGACUGACUUUUCAAAAUACUCUGUCAUACCUGGCUCUACACCACGUCGAAUUAUGCCAGCCAAGUUCCCAGUCUUGGAGGUUGCAGAACAGGACGACGAAGGGCAGAGAAUGGACAGCACGAAACUACGAUCGAAGUUGUAA